AUUUGUUACCUUGUCGUUGUUACUCGUGUAAUGGAGACAAUAAGGCAUUAGCAGUAAUACAAACCUUUGCAUACUUGUGUCAAAUUUUGAAAAUGGCCACAAACAUCGAUGCUCAGCAAGCUGAAAAUGCCGCAGAGAUUGAGAUGCAGUUUGCAGUGAAAGCUGUUGAACAAGCUCAAAUUUAUUGGAGCCUUUUGGGCAUGCGUAAGGGAAGCGAAUUGCGUCUUACAAAGUAUGAUGAUGAAAUCUUUGAAGACUUAAAGAAGACUUUCCCGGAGUUUGAAAACCCUAAGACAGUUGAAUAUGUCAAUGAAGAGGAAAUGAAAUCUCCCAAGGGUAAAGCCGCUUGGCGCCCUUUCAUGAUGCGCUACCAAAAGAAAAUCGAUGAUUACAAUUUUGGUACCCUACUUCGUGUUCGUAAUACCGAUGAGUAUGAGCAAGAUACUACUAUUUUCGUUCCUCGUAUGCAAUUUUUUGCUUUUGAGAUUGCUCGUAACAAGUACGGUUUGAAUGAUUGGGUUUUUAAAAAGUAGAGGAUUAGGGUGAAAAGAAAUACAAUAAAAAUUUUGGUACCUUACUUA